AUGAACAGCUGCUCAGCCUAUGGGGAGAGGAGGGUGAGUUGCUCAUCCAAUGGGGACAGUCCUCAAUACAGCUGGUCUGUGGAUGGGAGGCCUCUGAGUGAAAUCUUAACCAAUCAGAGCACAGGAAGUCAAACCAAGACCAAUAAGACAUCUCCAAACACACAAGAAGCAUCUCCCAGUGGUUCAGCUGAAAGUCCGAAGUCUAGUCCUGAUCUUAACACUGAUCUCAGUUCACCAAACCUCACACUCCCAGAGGGCAUUCAGGGACAUCUCACCUGCUCAGCCAGAAACAGCAUCAGCAGCGCCAACGAAACCCAACUGCUACCCUCCUGCAUAAAUCCUGUGUCUGUUGUGAAUCUGUCAAUCAGCUGCUCAGCCUAUGGGGAGAGGAGGGUGAGUUGCUCCUCCAAUGGGGACAGUCCUCAAUACAGCUGGUCUGUGGAUGGGAGGCCUCUGAGUGAAAUCUUAACCAAUCAGAGCACAGGAAGUCAAACCAAGACCAAUAAGACAUCUCCAAACACACAAGAAGCAUCUCCCAGUGGUUCAGCUGAAAGGCCGGAGUCUAGUCCUGAUCUUGACACUGAUCUCAGGUCAUCUACCCUCACACUCCCAGAGGGCAUUCAGGGACAUCUCACCUGCUCAGCCAGAAACAGCAUCAGCAGCGCCAACGAAACCCAACUGCUACCCUCCUGCAUAAGGCUUUCAGGAUUUGGGCUCUUGUUAAUAGUGAUGUGUAAAUCAACUGAACUCAAUUAA